AUGGAGGGAGCGCGAGUCAACACGCAGAUUCUUGCACAGGAGCUCAUGGCAGCACAGGGCAGCACGGAAUGGAGUUCAGGAGAGCAUAGAGUAGGUCGGGUGAAGGGUGCCCAGAACGGUCAGUUUGUACACCUUGAAGGACCCGAUGGAGGCGACAUUGCUAUCGACCGCUCCUCGUCGUCAAGACAUUACGGCUCAGAAUUCGUGGAGGUGUAUGGAACAGUCAAUAACGAUCGCUCAGUCACUGAGAUCAGGUCUACUGAUUUUGGAAACAAUUUCGAUUUGAAGCUGUACAAUGAAGCAGUGCUCUUGAGCAAUGGAGAAAUGAGAGAAAUUUUCCAUUAGAUGGCUCACUUGCCGUGUAAAACAAAUAGAAUCUUUCAGUAUGCAAUCU